AUGAUAAUAGCAACUGAUUAUUUGCCAAAUCUUGUACGAGAGGAUCGGUACUGGUUCGGAAUUGAUUUCGGAAAUUCCUUCAUCAAGGUUUCGAGUGAUAUUUGCUCGGGUUGUUUGGGAGAGAAUGUUAUUAGAUUGGGUUCUAAUGUUGAUACGGUUAUUGUUUGUAUGAUGGAGAGUAAAAUUAAACGAUUUGAAUUGUUUGGUUUUGAAGAGAGUGAUGAGGAAUAUAUUGAUUUUACAAUUGUAAAUAUUAAGAGAUUAAUUGAUUGUUUGGGAUCGGAUCAAGAUCAAUUGAAUGAAAUCAAGAUUUUGGAAAAUGAUGAAAUUGAGGGAGAGAAGAGAUUAAUAAGUCAAAUAUUUACUGAGAAUGUACAUAUCAAAUCGAAAGACGAUGUAGAGAAUUUAAACAAGUUGAUUCAGAUUAAGAUUACUGAUACGAAAACUAAUUAUUCAAUUGAGAUUCCACUAUUUACCCUAAUGGUGAAAUUAUUUGAUAAAUUGAGAGUGGAAAUAUUGGGAAAGGAUAUGGGAAAAGAUCUUUUCGAACGAAAUAUUAUUACAGUUCCAGUAUUUUACAAUGAUUUACAAUUAACGUUUUUAAAAAGUGCUUUUGAAAUGGCAGGAUUUAAAGUGGAACGAGCAAUUAAAGAUGUGAUAGCUGCUGGAUUGGCAUAUAGCAUCAAUAACAAGACGGACAGAGAUUUGUUAAUUUUGAAUUGUGGAUCUACAUGUACAAUAGCAACACUAUACAAUUUGGAAGAAGGUAUUUUCGAGUUGAUUGAAUACACUUCAGAUAGUACCAUUUCAGGAAAUUCUAUUGAUGAGCUAUUGGUUAACUAUUGUGUGCAAGAAUUUAAAAAGAAAACAAAAAAGCAGCUUACAAAUCCAAAGGCAAGAGCCAGACUUUAUGAGGUAUGUAAACUUGCCAAAGAAGAAUUAUACGGCGAAAGAAAUCUACUCAAUGUUUUGAUUCAGGUAGAUUCCUUGAUGGAUGGAGUUGAUUUCUCUUUAGUCCUCAGCAAACCAAAAUUUGAACAAUUAGUAACACCAGUAGUCUCAAAAAUUACAUCCCUACUGAACUCUCUAUUGGAAAGGAAUUCAAAAUCAAUUCAUUCUGUCAGUGAUUUGAUUUUAUGUGGUGCUUGUUGUCAAAUCUCAAAAUUUUCAUCUACAAUCCGAGAAUUCUUCAAAGGAAAUAAUCAAUUCGUUUUAUACGACAACAUUCCUCCAAAAACCAUUAAGGCAAGAGGAGCUACCGUAUUUUGUGAACAGUUCAGAGUUAGAAAUACUUUUUGGGCACACGUUGUGUUGCCACUUAGCAUUGGAAUUGAACAUAAUAGGAAAAUGAUGAUUCUGGCCCAUAGGAAUACUUACCUGCCUUACAAGAAAUCGUUCACUGUACAAAAGAAUGUCAACCCAUCCACAAACCAAUUCCAUUUCAAAUUGUACAUGGGUGAAAGAUACAUACCGAGGAAUAAUUUAUUAUUGGGAGAAUUUUGUAUUCCUAAUUUGAAUGAAACCAGUGAUAAAACUGUUUUGAGAGAGUUUAAGCUGGAUGUCUCAAUUUCUUAUGAAGAAAUUCUCUUCCUAACCAUUCAAGAAGCAACAAGUAUUCAAGAAUAUCAUUUUGAAGCAGAUUGGACUCAACUCACACGAGAAUUAGUAGAAGAAAGUGCAAGAUUGGGAGAGUUGGAUAAAUCUUCAUGA